GUUGUGAUAAACUUAUUAAAUAGGUCAGAAUGACUCUUCUGAAGUUGAAGUUUUGCUCACACAGCGAAGUUUCACCUGAUGCUUCAAAUGAAAUAAGAAUAUGUGGUGGGAUGAGCUCAGAUGUUUUCACUUUUGUUAACGGCAUAAUAGCAAAUUGGAACCGAAAGAGUAGUGUUCCAGUGGGAGAGAUACCUGUUUCAUUUGAUGAUGUAUUGAAAAUGCACUUUUGUCUUCUCGAAAACUCCAUCAUGCUGAUAAGACAAAAUGGUGAUAUGCAGCUGACUUCAAGUUAUUUGGAUGAAGAUAUCAAACUCGUUGGAAGUUUUGGAGAUAGUUUGGAACAUGUAUCAUGGAGCCCAGAUGAGUCACUAUUACUAGCGGUGAGUGAAUCGAAAGUUCUCACAAUCCUGGACUCGAAUUACGACAUGGUAGCUGAAAUAAAUCUAAACAAUCUCGCGUCUGCGUCCGAAAUUAAGCAAAAUGUGGGAUGGGGAACCGAAGAAACACAAUUCACAGGUGCGGGGGCAAAGCAAAAGGCAAGGAAUGAACAACAGCCUGGAGAUGGAGCUCUCUUGUCAGAGGAGGAUUCACUGGAAUCCGAACCUUGUGCUGUAACAUGGAGAGAUAGAUCUGACAUUUUUGCCGUGAGCUACUUUGACAAGAAAAUUAACUCACGUAGACUCUCCAUUUUUGACCGAGAAGGAACCCAUUUGUGCUCCAAUGAACUAAAAGCAGACGUGAGCCCUGGUAGUUUGGUCGCAUUCAGACCUUGUGGUGAUUUGAUUGCAACGAAUGGAAGAAGCGCCAAUGGAUCAUGCAUAGUCAAUUUCUUUGAGAGAAAUUGCCUCAAUCACGGGAGCUUUGUUGUCGACCAAAACAAGAAUACUGCCAUCUACAAGAUUUUCUACAGCGUUACUUCUGAGCUGUUGUUCGUAUUCACAGAGAAAACCGGCGACUCGAUAGAAAAAAAUGAAUUUGAAAUGAAAAUAUACCAUCGAAGUAAUUAUCUCUAUUAUCUUGUUCAAAGUUACAAUCUUCCUGAAAAAUGUGCAGAUUAUGCGUUAGAUCCAAGUAGGCCUUACCAUCUCACAAUUGCCUUGAAAAAUUCAUGCAUUUACAGUUUCGAAUGGAUUUUUGAAGAGGACUCUUUGGAAAGUUCUUCUAUUGAAGUAUUUGCUGUUAUAAACGGAGCAAAGUUAAUGUGUACUCCAUAUGAUGAGCUGAUAGUUCCACCGCCAAUGAGUUUUUAUGAAAUAGAUUUAGAGGAGCCUAUUUUGUACCGAUGUAUGAGCGGAAUCAAUCUUUUCCUUUUUACUCAGUCAAGUAUUCUUGUUUUUGAGUGCGUAUCCGAUAUCCCUGUUGGCUGUGUUUUAAAUAGACAAUUCUCUUAUGGCAAGACGACCUUCAACUACAAAAAUUUUCCUCAAUUGCUCCAAAAGUUUCAUUACAGUUCUUUGUUGUCGCCAAUUUGUUUCCUCCCAUUUAAUUGGGUUGCUUUGACUAAGAAUAUCAUUUGCUGUAUAAUUGAGUCAAAAAACGAAACUAGUGCUCAACAGGUUUUACUACUUGAACUAGAUUAUGUUACGGGUUCUGUUAAAGUGAAAAAGACUUUCGAUUUGCCCUCAGAUGAAUUGUGCUUCGCUUUAGCAGCUUCCAGUGAUUUGGUUACCGAUACUCUUUAUGAAGCUUACCUUUCUCUAAGUAGUGGAAAAAUUAUGAAGCUAUCUGGAAAUGAUUUGAGUUUUAUUUCUACUGAGUUUCCCAAGCCUUGUAAUCAUAUUAAAACAUUUGUUGUCAAUGAAGUUUGCAUAAUUUUUGGAUGUGCUAAUAAUCGCUAUUUGUAUUUAAAUGAAACUUUAAUUUCCGAAGAGGCAACUAGUUUUUCAAUUCAGACCAACAAAUUCCUUCUGUUCACGACUCUAUCACACCGUCUAUUUAUAGUAGCUUUGAACGAUCUGAUUGGUUCAGAUAAAACUGAUAGCAGCCAAUGGUAUUCAAGAAAAAUUGAGAGAGGCGCAAAGAUAUCGGGAGUUGUACAGAAGGGAACUUCAGUGCUGCUUCAGAUGCCGAGAGGAAAUUUGGAGUGUAUACAUCCAAAACCUCUGUUGAUUAAUCUUAUUGAGCAGCAAUUGCAGGAAAAACAGUUCUUGGAAGCUUUCAAGCUGUGUGAGAAGCACAGACUGGAUAUGAACAUCAUCUGUGACGGUGACUUCUCCGCCUUUUUGUCUUCUCUUCAAUCUCUUUUGUCAUCUGUCAAUUCACACCACCUGCUAAAUUUGUUCAUCUCGGAAUUGAAGGACACUCCAUCACAGCUGCAGUUCAAACGCAACACAACAGUUCCGACUACGGGGAAAGUGGAAAGAAUAUGUACUCGCAUGAUAGAAAUGAUUCAUAACGACGAAAAUCUGUUCAAGACUUACUACCUCAGUCUCUUAAUGCUCCAUGUGAAGUUGGAACAACCGAAAAGUGCUCUUGAGUUGAUUAAGAAACACGACAGUCUUGAAAACUGCAAAACCGCCGGUCUGGAUUUCUUUCUACUACUCGUAGAUGUUGACAAAUUAUUCGACAUUGCGCUUUCAAUGUACGAUAAACAACUGGUGCUUCGAAUGUUGGAAAAGUCCAAAAAAGACCCAAAAGAGUUUCUUCCACUAAUAAAUAACUUGUUUAAAGGCAAAUCAGAAGACGAAAUUCAGUUCAACAUUGACGAUUAUUUACGUCAUCACGAAAAAGCUUUGAAAAGUCUUCAUAAGAUCAAUUCGAACUUCGAGCAGGUCUUUAAAUACGUGAAGACGCAUUCACUUUACGUAGCUGCUUUGGAAUUAUUUUUACCUGAGAGUUCUAAACAAUGGCAGGCUACAGCAGAAGAAUACGCCCUAAUUUUGUCAAAAGACGGAAAGUUAUUGAAAGCAGGUUGUUUGUAUGCAAAAUUGAAAAAAUUUAGUGAUGCGUUUGAAGCAUUCUGUGCAGCUCGAAAGUAUGAUUUUGCAUUGGUUCAGUUCAAGAGAUUGAAUGCAAAAAAUGUUCCUGAUUUCUUUGAAAAGCGGGAACAGUUAGUGAGUGGUCUGGAAUCGAUGGGAAUGUUAAGAGCUGCUGCCGACAUUAUGUCAGGUUUCGACGAGGAGUCGGCUCUGGAGCUCCUAACACGAAACAAUGCCUGGAGUUUAGCCUCUGAGUUCGUGAUGCAAAGUAAACGCACUACCCAGCUAGUCCCAGUGCUUAUGGCCAGUUUGGAAUCUGGUCUCAGUGAAUUGGUGGUUGUGGUUGGAGAGAAGGUGAGGGAGGUGGAGUCUUUGGCCCAUCGGAUGGAAGAGGUGGUUGAGAAGAAAAAACAGUGGCUGGCUCUCAGUUUGCAAGAUCCAGAAAUCGGAGCCUACGGCGACGGAACCAUAUCAGAGUUCUCUACAAUUUCGAAGACCUCCAAACGCACAUCAAGCAGUCAGAGCUCAGCUUCAUCUAGCCGAAAGCUGAACAGGAAGAAGCGAUCACUGAAAAAGAACUCGCCGGAAGAACAUCUGGCUAUUUUGGAAGAGUUGAUCAAAAUUCACGCGUUGGUUGCUAAAAAUAUCGAUUCGAUUACUGAAUUGAGUUUCGUUAUUUCUUCAACACCUGAAAUGAAAUUAGAUUUGCAUAAAGUGGACAUUGGCAAAAGUGUAUCCGAGCUGAACUCUAGAAUUACCCGAGUUUGGUCUAAUGCAGAUGUGAUGAAUGUCAAAAUAAAUGAAUUUGGUGAAAAUGAGUCUAAUUUUGAGGAAUGUGUUGUAAAACCAAUGAUGAAUGCUGACCUGAAGUUGUUUGUGAAACCGGAAACUCUGUCAUUUAAUAUUUUGAAAUAAUUUUUUUUAAA